UAAUUUGUCUCUUAAAGGCGGCAUCUUUCCAACUGUAUGGAAGGAACCGCUCAUAACUCUGCUACAUAAAAGCGGUAGCAGGUCCUCGGUGGAGAACUAUCGGGGCACAGCUAAGCUUUCUGCAAUUCCUAAAUUAUUUGAAGCAAUUACAGUAUUUCCCACUUAAUUGUUCCCCGGUUAAUUGAUUUCCCCGCUUAUUUGAAUUACCUUAUCGGUAAAAAAAAUAUUGCAUAAAAAAUCCAUGUAAAUUUUCGCGCAUAAUUGAAACGGGUUAAUUGGCUUCGCCGUAUAAUUGGUUAAAAACAUGUGGCAUUGAAAAGAGAUAUACCUACUGUUCAAUUAAACGAAUAUCGGUUAAUUGAUUCCCCGGUUAAUUGAACCAAAAAUUCUCCAAUUUUUCAAGUGCAAUUAAGCGGGGGAUACUUUAUUACAAAUCAGUUGACGCAUUCUAUCUUCUCUAACAUUUCAUACUGUUAAUAUGAGUUAUGCAAAGGCAAAUCAACUUCAACAAAUUCACUUGAGUUCACACCCUAUAUCUCAAAAUCGUUUAUUGAAAACAAAAAAUGUGGAUGUUACAUAUACCGACUUCAGUAAAGCAUUUGACUUAAGUACAUCCUGCCUUUCGUGACUCGGCCCAAAAAUUGAAAAUAAUUGUUCCGUACGUCAUGCGGACUGCGCCCCUCGUGCGGAUGGGUGGGAAAGGAGGCUAAAACCGUUGAGAUUAUUAUUAUUAUUUAGUGUUCGCGUAAACAGACUAAAGUAAGAUACCAGCUAACGUCAAUGCAAAACUACUGUUAUACCUGUUUUUGUAUUAAUUGGGAUGAAUCUGUACGAUCCACAAACAGUUAUAUAUACCGAUCUGAAUUUUGAGUUAGCUCACUUUAGAUCGCUUCUCUUAUCAAAUGUUAUUCGAUUGAGUCCAAAUUUUUACCGUAAAACUUUUAGAUGAAGAUGACAAUUUAUUUUGGAUGGCGCUAUACAAAAAUUCGCUUUGAAAAAUAUUUAUACAAAUAAGUACGCCUCCAGUGAAUACUCAUGGGUAUCUUUGUACAUACAUACAUACAUAUGUAUCACACAAGAAUUUCAAAAUAUCUAGUAUUAAUUCAAAAUUCUCCAUUUGACAGAAAAUGCAAAAAAAACUUUCUCGAGCCCAUGUUAAUCAUUUGGAAGAAAAGAUAUUAUGUGUCUAUUAUGCAGCAUUUGCACUUGCUUUAAUCUAAAUACAUAUGUACAUGACCUAUGAUUAUUUUCCGAAAUAUUCGAAAUAAGAAAAUAAUAAUAAUUAGAUUAUACAAAAACACUUACUAUGUACAAAUGGAGAAUUUUUCGUCCCUUUAAUUUCUACGUUCCCCACAUAUCUAGGCAGCGCAUUACAAAAACCAUUAUAAAAAUUGAACGAAAUACCGAUAUUUUUUAAUUGUCUUAUCCUUUGCAACCUUAUCCAAUCAGUUUCAAAAGAUCUCAAAAAAGAGUUCUAAACGUCUUCAACCGCCGCGACGCUUUGUUAGUUUUAUGAGCAAAACUGUAUUUUUAUUAUUAAUAAUAACUACGUUUUUUUUUUUUAAUAAUUUUUACACGCACCCGUGUAUGUACAAUUCGAUUGCUAGGUAACUCCGCAGUCACCCGAAUUCAUUCCAACUCGCAUAAACUCGUCACCAAAUUUCUAUACACCUUAUCAUGCGCCUAUGCUGAAUAAUGGUCUAGGCAAUGCUGGUGUCAACGUAGCAGGUGGCGUUAGGCCCUCGGCCGCUAAAUCGGUAAGUGGUACUCCCUCGUCUUUGCUUGGUCUGCAGAAAGCCACUGCUGCCGCGGUAGCUCAGCAGAAGCAGCUACAACAACAGCAGCAGCAGCAGCAACAACAUCACCAUCAACAACAAUCACAACAACAACAACAACAGCAGACGCAGUCGUCACGCGCCCUGGUGAACGGUGUUUUACCGACGACCCAGCAGCCGACUGGCACACAAGCAUACGUCAACAUGACGACACCACUGAAAGUGCGCAGCAAUAUGCUUCGAAACGAAUCACCCACUACCCAUGGAGUUGGAGGUGGCAGUGUGGGUGGUGGUGGUGGUGAAAAGUCUCCUCCGCGCAUCACACCUCGCACCUCACCCAUCCCAACAACGCUGCCGGCGAGCGUACAUCAGGAAAAUGUAGGUGGCACGAUAUACUUCUAUCCAACUGCCAAUCAUACAGCCGCCGCAAAUAACAGUGCCGUGGUGAGUAAUGUGGCUGAUCCUGUGAGCGCCCAUCGUGCUGCACCAUCGGCGGUAGCGCCAAUACCACCUGUGCAACCGCCAUUGCUAUACACGGGCCAUCAUGUGUAUCCAGGUCCGGCUUCCAACUUGAUUGCAUUACAACCGAAAACACACUUGGAAUCUGCCUUCUUCCUGCCUGAUGAGAUACGUUCAGAAAUUCUUGCCCGCAAUGAGAUCUCGAAUUUAAUGCUCGACCCAGCCGAGGCGACGCAACAUGCGCUUCCUCCGGAAGUGGAUAAUUAUCACUCAUUAUACCCAUUGGAGCCAGUACAGGCGUUGCACGGCAAACUCACAAUACUUGCAUCUACCUAUAAGGCCACACAUAGCACCACGGGCAUUAAAUACUGCUUGCGGAGAUUACAUGGUCAGUAUAUACAUACAUACUAGGGAUCUUAGGAAUUAUUGCAUUCGCAUACACUUAGGCGAAUGAUUCGCAUUAUUUUUAACAUUCGUAUCAAAUGGUGCGAAUGUUUUGCUAAUGCGAAUGGCUACAUGAUGUUGUUGAAUUGCCUCUAAGGGCCGUUUGCACCGCGUCUAGUUAAC